AUGGCCGCCGAUUUCCUAAACAAUCUCAUCUUAUUCUCACCCUUGUUGGUGAUCGGAUUAGGAAUCCUAUGGUUCUCAGAAAAUGCCGGAAAGCUGAGGUCUGGAGCUGGAUUACCUACGGCACCGGCACGGGAUGGUGAUCAAGCAGAAGCGGGUGCGCCCGCCGCAGAACUCGAAGCGGAAGAAGUAGAAGAAGAACGCGAACCGUUGUUUGAGCAGGAACCACGAGACAACCCCGAACGCGCACCCAACCGUCCCCUUCCAAACCUUCACCGAGUACCCGCCGCUCCACCCCAAGAUAUCGGCACAAAGAAAGCGAAAUCCCGCGCAAAAAAGGACGCUCGACGGGCCUAUCACGAACAUGUCCGUGCCGCCGCCUCCGCACAGCGUGAGGAGUGGGAGCGGGUUGCGCCGCAGUGGGAAGCGGAGAUGGAAGAGGAAAGGGAGAGACGGAGGAGGGAGGAGGAGAGAAUUGUAGAGCAGAAGAGGGAGGAGAGAAGGGAGAAAGAGGAGGAGUGGAGGAGGGAACGGGAGAGGAGGGAGGGGGUUCGGAGGGGGGUUGAGGGUGUUGUUCAGGCAGGGAAGAUGGUCUGGAUCGCGGAUGUGGCAAAAUCGUUGCAUGCGACUACAGAGGAGGUGCGGGCGAUACUGGACGAGAUCAUUGGGAGGAAUAACGCGGGUGAGGGUGGGGUGAAGAUGAUGGUUACGAGCACGGGGUGGUUCGUGGUGCUAAGAACAGAGGAUGUGGAGGGGAUGAGGAAGAAGCUCGUGGCGAAAGGGAGGAUAAGUCAGGAAGACAUAGUAAAUAUCGCUACGGAGGUAGUUGGGACAGCCUGA